AUGAUGGAGAAGGCGCUUCAGCUCCAGAUGGAAGGCCUUUACCCAGGGCAUGCAAGCCAAACGGUUUACCACACCUUUCUCACUGACGCGGUAGCUGACCUGCGCGUUGAUUGCCGUGCAGAUGUGAAGCUCCUUGAUGCCGCUGCGUUGUUUAGGCUAGACAGAGGUUGCUGCCCAGAAGCAGCAAGAGCGGAGCACGAGAAAAUCGAAAGCCGUGCUGGGUUGUCUCAGACACUCUUGAUGACAAUCGUUGCACUCCUUAGCGCCAGGAACCUCCACGGCACAGCAGGAGACCAAGUGUUGCCAGCCAAGGUGUGUGGCACGUGA